AGCACACAGGGGGCAUCAGUGGAAUUGCUACAUCUUGAAUAGCGUUGAAAGAUUAGCAUCAGCGGUUCUCCGAUUCCUUGGCUUUCAGGUGGGGGCAGGAGUUAAAAGGAAGACACCAUCGGAAUUGAGAGGAGAGCAGUUAAAACAAAGGAACGUUAUAGAGCUUGUAGAUGAAUCUCCAGCUCCUUUGCUUGGUUCUACAAAGAACACAAUUGAGCUCAAGAAACAAGAUGCAUUCGAAGUUCCAAGAUGCAUUGACACCCGUAUGGAUGGAGUUUUUCCUGCCAAAAAGUCUAGGUUUAGGAUGCUUUCUGGAAAAGAAAAUGCUAAGGAAGAUAUUUCAGCUGCGCCAGCUGGCUGCUUCAAGAAUAUCUGUGUUUCUUUGAAUUCAGUUGUCAAGAGUCAUCCACAACUUUCAUGUCCAGAGAAUACUGUGGUUUCAGCUGCAGUUUCCAAAGAUGGUACAAGGCAAGAUUGUGAAUAUGCUGAAAAGUGCAGUCAAAGCACAUUUCGUAGUGUGGCUGAAUUAUCACUUGGUAGUGAGAGGAUAUCUGAAAUGGCUGUUGUUGAUAUGGAUAAAGCAUUAAAAGGACUGGUUGCCUGUGAACCCCGUGCUUUUUCUGGUUUAGCUGCUGAUUCUUCUGAAAAGUUCGGCAAUUUUACUUCAAUCUCUUCUGGCCAUUUCUGCUCUGAAUUUCAUAUUCCUGGGCAGAAGGCCCCACUGGAUUUUACAUUAAAAACUAAUAUGCAGAUAGUGUCUUCUUCCUCUGUGAACUGGUUUCAUAGAUUGAACGUGUCUGCUACUUACAAUGGUACAACCCUAUCUACACCGCAAUUUGGUUGUUCCAAGGAUCAAAAUAUUAGCUGCUCCUCUGGGAUCACUUCCACUGCCCAAAUAUUCAAUUAUAGAGCUUUGCACUCAUGGGUGCACCCUCAGUCUUCUCUACCACCUUCUGUCAUAUCAGCAUGGACCUUAUCUGCUGCAGAUGGAGUGGAAACGGAUUUCUUAAUCAAACGACAACUAGCAUGGGAAGACUUAGAAAGAAUAUUUGUAAUAUCUUCUAUGGAUGUUUGUUUCUCUAUGCCUCUUUGCCAUUCUAAAGUAGAACAAGUCACUAUUGAAGACCUGGUUGAGCUCUCGGAGAUUGAGAAACGCAAUCUGGGCCAGAUCUUUCUUGACCUCCUUGACAAGUGUGGAUGCUCCUCUUCUGUAUUCACCUGUUCCAUUUCAGAAUGUUGCUCUUUCUGCCCAGAGGUCAGUUGCAGGGAGUUGAAGAGAGCUGAUCAUGUUGUUUUUCCUCUUAAAGGAUCCAAAAUGAAAGACGAAGCAAAUGAAAGUGUUUCGGCUGGUCUCUCCUACAGCAUUGAAAUCAAGGAUGCUUACAUUCCACCGUGGAUAAUAUCCAGUAUAUGUGCAACCAUGGGUUCUGAAGGGAGGAGCUUUGAGGCAAGUUUUACAAUAGAGCCGACUUCAAUUGGCCUUGUUAGAUAGUGUACAGUUAUUUAG